CCUACUUUCGUUGGUUCAUGUGUUGCGGCAUAUAUAUUGGACACAACCCCUCCAAAUUGAAAAACUUUUAGCUUAAUUUUACUUCAUGGAAAUCUACUGUUAAUUCAUCACGUUAGAGGUUUGAUCUCCCUUAAACAAUUGUUGCUUGAAUUAUCCGGGGGGCACUUAUAUUUGAUCCAAUCUAUCUGCGUAAGUUUUACUGUAUCCGUUUGUCCUUUGCUCAUGGAAACUAAGAAAAUCAUAGCCAUAUGCCAAUCUGGAGGUGAAUUUGUGGCCAACAAAGAUAAUGGAUUGUUGUCUUACACUGGUGGGGAAGCUUAUGCUCUGAGCAUUGAUGAGAAGACACAGUUGAAAGAUUUCAAGCAAGAACUGUCUGAGAAUUUUCAAUGCAAUGUUGAUGGCAUGACAAUAAAGUAUUUUCUUCCUGGAAACAGAAAGACCCUGAUUACCAUAUCAAAAAAUAAGGACCUCCAGCGUAUGCUCAACUUCUUCAAGGAUUCUGACCAAGUUGAGGUCUUUGUAGCUUGUCCUCAGAAUGUGCCUAACAUGCCUGCUAGUAGAUCAAGCAGAACAACUGUGUCAGAGGCAGUGAUUCCUUCUGAUGACCCUAUGGAUAUUAUGCAAGAUGAUGAUGCAAUAGUUUUGAACGAGCCUAUUGAAAGCUUACCACUCAAAGUAACUCCAUUUAGCAAUGAUGAGAAGCAUCGGAGAGCAGCAACCCAGUGGGAGAACAUCAUCACUGGUGUGGACCAAAGAUUUAAUAGCUUUGCUGAAUUCCGUGAAGCACUGCAUAAAUACUCGAUUGCUCAUGGAUUUGAUUACAAAUAUAAGAAAAAUGACAACCAUCGUGUAACUGCCAAGUGCAAAAUGGAAGGCUGUCCAUGGCGUAUAUAUGCAUCAAGGGUGGCUGCUACCCAACUUAUAUGUAUUAAGAUUAUGAAUGCUGAGCAUACAUGCGGAGGAGCUACCAUAAAAGCUAGACAGGCAACUAAGGGAUGGAUAGGGAGUAUUAUAAAGGAAAAAUUGAAAGUUUCUCCAAAUUACAAGCCAAAGGAUAUUGCCAAAGAAAUUGAGCGUGAUUAUGGCAUUCAGUUGAACUAUAGUCAGGCAAGGCGAGCAAAAGAGUUUGCACGGGAGCAGCUUCAGGGCUCUUAUGAAGAGGCAUACUCUCACUUACCAUUUUUCUGUGAGAAGAUAAUGGAGACUAACCCAGGUAGCCUUGCUACACUAACCACUAGGGAGGACUCAAGCUUUCAUCGUCUUUUUGUUUCAUUUCAUGCCUCGAUAUCUGGUUUUCAUCAAUGCCGUCCUCUUAUUUUCCUUGAUAGCACUCUUCUUUACUCAAAAUAUCAAGGAAUAUUAUUAGCAGCAACAGCUGCAGAUGGGAAUGAUGAUUUCUUUCCUGUUGCCUUUGCUGUGGUAGACGAAGAAACUGAGGAUAACUGGCAUUGGUUCCUGUCAGAACUGAAAUCUACCUUUUCAACAUCAGAACACAUUACUUUUGUCUCUGAUUUCCAGAAAGGUAUAAGAGAAUCAUUGCUUGAUAUAUUUGGCAAAGAGUGCUAUCAUGGUUAUUGUCUACGUUGUCUUGCUGAAAAACUUAAUAAAGAUGUAAAAGGACUUUCACAUGAUGCAAGACGUCUCUUGGUUCAAGAUUUAUAUGCUGCUGCUUACUCAGCAAAACUUGAGGCUUUUGAGCGCUGUCUUGAAAAUAUAAAAGCUAUAUCAGCUGAAGCUUAUGACUGGGUAAUUGGGAGUGAACCAGAACACUGGUCUAAUGCAUUUUUUGGCGGUACAAGAUACAACCAUAUGACAUCCAACUUUGGUCAACAAUUCUAUAGUUGGGUGUCUGAGGUGGAUGGGUUUCCAAUAACUCAGAUGGUUGAUGUAUUGCGUGGUAAGAUUAUGGAAUUGAUGUAUAGAAGACGACUUGAAUCCAGUCAUUGGGUUACGAGGUUGACACCUUGUAUGGAGGAAAAGCUUCAGAAUGAGACAGCUAAAGUACAAUCUCUCCAAGUAUUACAAUCAAUUGGAAAUAGCACAUUUGAGGUUCGUGGUGAAUCUGUUGUUGACUUGGUUGAUGUCGAUAAAUGGGACUGUAGUUGUAAAGGAUGGCAGCUUACUGGAUUACCUUGCUCCCAUGCUAUUGCUGUUUUUGAAUGCGUUGGUAGGACCCCAUAUGAUUAUUGCUCCAGAUAUUUCAUGACUGACACUUACCGCUUAACUUACAUGGAGUCAAUCAACCCAAUACCAAACGUGGAGAAACCAGAAAAAAGUGAAGUUUUUGUUACUCCUCCUCCUACUAAACGACGAGUUAAACCAAAGGUUAAACCAGUUGAACUUAUGGACAGCAUUAAACGCCAGCUCCAGUGUCGCAGGUGCAAGGGCCUGGGCCAUAAUACGCGAACAUGCGACAAGGUGAACAACAACUUGCUUGAUGAAGAAGCACAUACCCUUACUCCACUUUUGACAGGGAUGACCACAGAUGAACCUACUGAUGGGGGAAACAUUUGAAUUUGGAUAUCUCCCUUUUUAAAGAAUGUAUCUAUUCUGGCGAUGUUCUUUCUGAUGAAUAUUUUAGAUAGUUUGUAUCUCGAAAAUGAACACUUUCGUUGUUUUGUUAAUAAGAUUCUUUUCUGCUACUUUUUCACCCAAAUUUAAACAUGUUUCCACAUUUUGAACAGAAUUUUUUUUUUUUAUUAUUAUUUUUUUCAGAUAUCAUUGAUGAAUGUGGUGGUGUAAUUGCUGAACUGGUUUUUUCUGCUGGUUAAUAUGCUGGAGGUUAAACA